AUGAAUUCAAAAAAAGCGGAAAAUACAAUUCACAAAGCAGAUAAAAUUCCGUCCGUAUCUGAACAAAACUUGACUAGAACAGUUCUACCAACCCAUUUAUCUUCUGGAGAUACCAUGUUGGAUUUAUUCUCAGAAACCAUGACAAAAGUAGAUGAAAAAAUCAAGAAAAUGAAUUCUUCAAAACGUUCCAAUGAUAUCAAUAAUUAUGGUAGAUCUUUAACUGCAUCAUCGAACAUGGAUGAUUUAUCAAUGUCUAUGGAGCAUCAAAUGCUGUGUACAACAAAUGAAAAAUGUUCAUCUUCUAUCUCGUCCGUAGAAAAUAUGCGUGAUAAUUCCGAAAGUUUCUCGUCCAAAAGCAGCCCUGAAAAUAACACUAGGAACAGUUUUUCGCCAGAAAGCUCAAAACUUACGGUGAUACAUAUGCCACUUUCAUUAAAAGAAUUUUCGUUCGAGAGUGCAAGCCUGGAAUAUAUGAAUAAUCAUCAUACACGAUCGAAACAUCGUGCUAUAUUUCAAAUGCUUGAUAACGUUGAAGAAAAUGAAAUAGAUCAAAUCUCAUUCGUAGAAGCGGUCAAUUCUUAUUUAGGAGCAGAAAUUUACAGUGCUGAUGUAUCACAACCGAUUAAAAUCUAUCACUAUGAUGCGGAUCCGUUAGAGUCUACUAGUAAAAUUCCGGAAUAUAGUAAUCUUGAAACUUAUUCUCUACUAUGGUGUGAUGAAAAGAUAAAUGGUGUUUUGGAUACGCCAGCUGCUUUAGUUAAUCAAAUAACUGCAAAUUACACUGAUCUAAGGAAAGCAGAAAAUGAUGCCCUACCACUGACAAUAUUCAAACCAUCAGCAAAAACUCAUUUAAAUCUGACGAAUGAAAAUAGUAAAUUUAUUUGGUUUCAGCUGUUUAUUGAAGUAUUAAUUAGAAUGAAAGAUGACAAUUUACGCAAGAGUAUUGAAGAUAUAAUUUUUGUCUGUGAUAGAAAUUAUCGUAAUAAUUCUGUUGAAGAAAAAAUUCUACAACAAUUAGAGGAAGCGUAUACUUCUGUAAACGCUGUAUGGUGGUAUACUGGUGAAACAUUUAUUUAUCGAAUUUUAAAUAGAGCAUUGAAUCGACAAGAUUUCGAAGUUUUACUUGUAUUUCGUUUUCUUAUUCGUGACUUAUAUCAACAACUUGCUAACGAACAACAGAAGUUUGACGUUCCAGUUGUAACGGUUUAUCGUGGACAGAUAAUGAUCAUUGAAGAAUUAGAAAGUCUUAAAACUAACGAAACAAAAUUUAUCUCCUUCAAUAAACUUCUUUCUACUUCUCUUAAUCGACGUGUUGCAAUAUCUCAUGCCAAAAUCUAUAAUAAGGACAUUAGAAAAACUUCAGUUUUGUUUGAAAUUGAAGCUAACACUCGACUACAUGGUGCAAAACCGUUUGCCAAUGUAACACAUUUAAGUCAAUUUGAAAUGGAACAAGAAGUUCUGUUUAUGGCUGGAAGUGUAUUUAAAAUUUUGGACAUUUCAAAGAAUGAGAAUGAAAAAUUAUCGAUAAUCAAACUGGUUUUAUCGGGAACUGAAGACAACAAUUUAAGAGAUAUGUUUGAAAUAAUAAAACAAGAGAUUCCAGAAGAAACGAAUAUCAGUACAGUUGGAGAUAUUUUCUUUCAGAUGGGAAAAUAUGAUCAAGCUAAACGUUAUUACAAAAGAUUAGUCAAAUUAUUACCAGAAACUCAUCCAGACAUAUCAGUAUGUUAUAUAAAUAUGGGUACUGUGGCAAAUGAAACUGGAGAUGCUAAAACGGCUUAUUCACUUUUUACAAAAGCGUUAGAACUAGAAUUAAGUAAAUCAUCAUUGAAUCAAUUACGAUUAUGUGCUAUCUUCAAUUGCUUAGGCACUUCUACAAAUGAUUAUAACGCAGCAAUUGAUUACCAUAAUCAAGCCUUAGAUAUUCAUUUGAAGAUUUUUGGAUAUUAUGAUUCUGAUACGGCGGGAAUUUACAUUAAUCUCGGUAAUGAUUACUUAAAAAAAAAUGAUUAUGAUUCAGCUUUAUUAUGUUACAAUAAAGCAUUAGAUAUUCUAACAAAGGUGUUACCAGAUUACCAUCCGACAAGAGCAGUAAUAUUAAUGUGCGUUGCUAAUUUACAUUACAAGAAAAGCGAAUAUGAUCUCGCAUUAGACAAUUAUCAAAAAGCAUUAUCGAUUCAAUUAGCUUGUGCUUCAGACCACAUUGAAGUUGGAAAAAUCUACAAAAUUCUAGCUGAUAUUCACUCAGAUAUAAAUACAUUAAAUGAAGCGUUAUUUUAUUAUAGACAAGCCUUAGCAGUAUAUGAAAAGGCUUCGUUGAACACAUAUCAUACACAAAUCAUUGAAAUUCUUACAAAAAUUGCCGGAAUUCAUAAGAAGAAUGAAAAUUAUGAACUAGCAAUAAAAGACUAUGAAAAAUUACUAUCUAUUCAACUAGCAUAUCUACCAUUGAAUGACCUUUCUAUUGCUUGGACCUAUAAGGAAAUGAGCUUUGCUCUGAUGCAACAAAGAUAUAUAAUGGCUGCGUUAAAUUGCGUGUAUAAAGUAUUAUAUAUAUUAGAAAGUAAUUCGUUUCCGUCGGAUCAUCCUCAUAUAAUCUGGACUAAAAAACUCAUAAACGAAUUUCAAAAGAUUAUAGAUGGUGCGCAAAAUCAAUAG